GGCGGCGGCGGCGGUGGCGGCGGCGGCGCUGCUAGCUGGUGGCUUGACUGAGCGGGAGGCGCCAUGGCGGCGGACGGAGAGCGCUCUCCGCUGCUGUCCGAGGCCGGCGAUGGCGGCGCUGGAGGCAACGGCUUAGCGGGCCCGGGCGGGAGCGCGACUGGGCCCGGUGGAGGCCUGACGCCCUCCGCACCUCCGUACGGAGCCGGUAAACAUGCCCCGCCCCAGGCGUUUCCCCCGUUCCCCGAGGGGCACCCGGCCGUGUUGCCUGGAGAGGACCCACCCCCCUACUCACCCCUCACUAGCCCGGAUAGUGGGAGUGCCCCCAUGAUUACCUGUCGAGUCUGUCAGUCUCCGAUCAAUGUGGAAGGCAAGAUGCAUCAGCAUGUAGUCAAAUGUGGUGUCUGCAACGAAGCCACUCCCAUCAAGAAUGCACCCCCCGGAAAGAAGUAUGUUCGAUGUCCCUGUAAUUGUCUCCUUAUCUGCAAGGUGACUUCCCAGCGGAUUGCCUGCCCUCGGCCCUACUGCAAAAGAAUCAUCAACCUAGGGCCUGUGCAUCCAGGACCUCUGAGUCCAGAACCACAGCCAAUGGGUGUCAGGGUCAUCUGUGGACAUUGCAAGAAUACGUUUCUGUGGACAGAAUUCACAGACCGAACCUUGGCACGAUGCCCUCACUGCAGGAAAGUGUCGUCUAUUGGGCGCAGAUAUCCUCGGAAGAGAUGUGUCUGCUGUUUCUUGCUUGGCUUACUCUUGGCAGUCACUGCCACUGGCCUUGCUUUUGGCACAUGGAAGCAUGCACAGCAAUAUGGAGGUAUCUACGCAGCCUGGGCAUUUGUCAUUUUGCUGGCUGUUCUAUGUUUGGGCCGGGCCCUUUAUUGGGGCUGUAUGAAGGUCAGCCAUCCUGUCCAGAACUUCUCCUGAGCCCCUUGAUCCAGUCUGUGCCUGGCGGCUGCCUGGCAGCAACAUUAACACUACAAAAGGCUCUCUGGACUUCUGCAAGGAAGCCAAGCAGCUGCCUCCCUUUUCCCUGGGGAGAGGUAGGAAGGAACCAGUCCCUUACUUAGGUUUGGAAGGGUAGGUAAGACCAUUGCUGGCUGUCUGCUUUCCUCCAAGGGUUGCUGUUUAGGGUAACUAGGCGAAACAUUGCCCCUAAGCCUGGAUCCUAAAGAUGGUUCUAGCCAUGUCCUUCCUUUCUGUGCUCCCUGAGAACCAUUCCUGACCCUUACACAUUCCAGGGCAGGGUGGGGGUGGGAAGUG